UGGCGCAUCACCUGGGGAGCCGCUCCUCACUCUGCCUCUGCUGCGUGCUGGGAUUUGUUGUGCUUUACUUUGGGGUCUGUCGGCUCGCUCUGAUCCGAGCCGAUUCCGAGAAGCAGCCUCAGGUUAUGAAUUCUCCGCUGCGGUUCUUUCCGCACAUGAACACAACGAGAGUUGCCAGUUAAAGGAAAAGUGACCAGUGCAGAGGACGACAUGAUCACCAUGAAGGGAAAUGGUCUGGUUGCAUUGCUGGUUGCAGGUUUGGGAGUCAUAGGAAUCUUAGUGUCAGCAGCUACAGAAUAUUCCCAGUGCCAUCGAGCUGAGCACCCUGUUAUAAUGUAUAAAGAAAUUGCCCCCUGGUUACAUGUGUUCAGAGCAGAGAAUGCUGUGGACUUCUCACAAUUAACAUUUGACCCAGGACAAAAAGAACUUAUUGCUGGAGCAAGAAACUACCUCUUCAGGUUACAUCUUGAAGAUCUAUCUCUAAUCCAGGCAGUGGAGUGGCAGUGUGAUGAAGCUACUAAAAGAGCCUGUUACAGUAAGGGCAAAUCAAAGGAAGAAUGCCAGAACUAUAUCCGUGUGCUUCUCGUUGGCGGUGACCGGCUCUUCACCUGUGGAACCAACGCUUUCACUCCUAUUUGCACCAAUCGGACGUUAAGCAACCUGACAGAGAUACAUGAUCAGAUUAGUGGCAUGGCUCGCUGUCCGUACAGUCCUCAACACAAUUCCACAGCUCUUCUUACUUCCAGUGGGGAGUUAUAUGCUGCUACAGCCAUGGAUUUCCCAGGAAGGGAUCCUGCCAUUUACCGCAGUCUGGGGGCUCUUCCUCCUCUCCGCACUGCACAGUACAACUCCAAGUGGCUCAAUGAGCCAAAUUUUGUGUCAUCCUAUGACAUUGGAAACUUCACCUACUUCUUCUUCCGAGAGAAUGCAGUAGAGCAUGACUGUGGAAAAACAGUCUUUUCCCGGGCUGCUCGGGUUUGCAAAAAUGAUAUUGGGGGCAGAUUUUUGCUAGAGGACACCUGGACAACCUUUAUGAAGGCUCGUCUGAACUGCUCUCGCCCUGGAGAAAUUCCAUUUUACUACAAUGAAUUACAAAGCACUUUCUUCCUGCCAGAAUUGGACUUAAUCUAUGGGAUCUUUACAACUAAUGUAAACAGCAUAGCUGCCUCAGCAGUUUGUGUUUUCAACUUGAGUGCCAUAACUCAGGCCUUCAACGGACCAUUCAAAUAUCAGGAGAACUCCCGCUCUGCCUGGUUGCCGUACCCCAAUCCCAACCCUAAUUUCCAGUGCGGUACAAUGGACCAGGGUCUGUACAUGAAUCUGACUGAGAGGAAUCUUCAGGAUGCCCAAAAAUUUAUUCUAAUGCAUGAGGUGGUUCAGCCAGUUAUUCCAAUUCCUUACUUCAUGGAGGACAACAGCCGAUUUUCCCAUGUGGCAGUGGAUGUGGUGCAGGGCAAGGACAUGCUUUUCCAUAUCAUCUAUCUGGCCACAGACUAUGGCACUAUUAAGAAAGUACUCGCUCCAAUGAAUCAGACUUCAAGCAGCUGCUUACUUGAGGAAAUUGAGCUCUUUCCAAGGAGGCAGAAAGAACCUAUCAGGAGCCUGCAGAUUCUGCAUAGCCAGAGUGUUCUGUUUGUGGGUCUUCAAGAACAUGUAGUAAAGAUUCCCCUGAAGAGGUGUCUGUUUUACAAAACACACAGUGCAUGUAUUGGAUCCCAGGAUCCUUACUGUGGCUGGGACAUGGUGAUGAAGAAAUGCACAACACUGGAAGAAAGUCUAAGCAUGAGUCAGUGGGAGCAAAGCAUCACUGUGUGUCCAACCAGGAAUUUGACUGUGGAUGGGAAUUUUGGAGUGUGGUCUCAAUGGAAACCCUGCACCCACACUGAUGGUACCAGUGUUGGCUCCUGCCUCUGCAGAACUCGCUUGUGUGACAGUCCAGCACCUCAGUGUGGAGGCUGGCAGUGCGAAGGACCAAGUAUGGAGAUUGCCAACUGCUCCAGAAAUGGGGGCUGGACUCCAUGGACUUCCUGGUCACCCUGCAGUACCACCUGUGGAAUUGGUUUUCAAGUCCGCCAGCGUUCAUGCAGCAAUCCAACUCCUCGGCAUGGGGGCCGUGUGUGUGUGGGACAGAACCGUGAGGAGAGAUACUGCAAUGAGCACUUGCUGUGCCCUCCACAUACGUUUUGGACAGGCUGGGGUCCGUGGGAACGUUGCACUACCCAAUGUGGGGGUGGGAUUCAGGCUCGUCGCAGGAUGUGUGAGAAUGGCCCUGACUGCCCUGGCUGUAAUGUGGAGUAUCAACCUUGUAACACCAAUCCCUGUCCAGAGCUCAAAAAGACCACCCCCUGGACUCCCUGGACUCCGGUCAAUAUCUCAGACAAUGGUGGCCACUAUGAACAACGAUUCCGAUACACUUGUAAGGCACGCUUGCCUGACCCAAAUUUGCUAGAGGUUGGAAGACAAAGGAUUGAAAUGCGUUACUGUUCCAGUGAUGGUACCAGCGGAUGCUCAACAGAUGGACUGUCAGGGGAUUUCUUGCGUUCUGGACGAUACUCCGCUCAUACAAUUAAUGGAGCCUGGUCACCAUGGACUCCAUGGUCUCAGUGCAGUCGAGACUGCAGCAGAGGUAUUCGCAACCGCAAGCGUGUCUGCAACAAUCCUGAGCCCAAAUAUGGAGGUCUUCCGUGUCUGGGCCCAUCUCUGGAGUACCAGGAAUGCAACAUCUUGCCUUGUCCAGUUGAUGGAGGUUGGUCCUGUUGGUCAUCAUGGUCAAAGUGCUCAGCAACUUGUGGAGGUGGACAUUACAUGAGGACCCGCUCAUGCACAAACCCAGCCCCAGCCUAUGGAGGGGACAUCUGCCUUGGACUUCACACUGAAGAGGCACUUUGCAACACACAAUCCUGUCCAGACAACUGGUCCGACUGGUCUGAGUGGUCUGAUUGUGAUUCAUCCGGAGUCCAGUUCCGCGUUCGUCAGUGUAUCAUUUUAUUUCCUGUGGGCAACCAGUGUUCUGGGAACACCACUGAGAGUCGAGCUUGUAUUUUCGAUUCUAACUUCAUACCAGAAAUAUCAGUAGCAAGAUCUAGCAUCAUAGAAGAAAAACUAUGUGGUGAGUUUAACAUGUUCCACAUGAUUGCAGUGGGCUUGAGCAGUUCUAUACUUGGCUGCCUCCUUACACUGCUUGUUUACACUUACUGCCAACGAUAUCAGCAGCAAUCCCAUGAUGCAACUGUUAUCCAUCCAGUGUCGCCAGCUCCUCUUAAUACCAGUAUCACUAACCAUAUCAACAAACUGGACAAAUAUGAUUCUGUAGAAGCCAUCAAGGCAUUUAACAAAAACAACCUGAUCUUGGAGGAGAGAAACAAAUACUUCAAUCCACAUCUUACUGCAAAGACCUAUUCUAAUGCCUAUUUUACAGAUCUCAAUAAUUAUGAUGAGUACUAAUGGAUUUGUGUAUUUUCUGGCCUCUGGUAACUCCCCAGUCCCCCAAAGCCUGUGCUACAUGACCGCUCAUGUGUUUGAGGCUUCAGAGAUGAAGUUCGGAGACAUUUCAAGCACAGUCCAAGCCAUCAGUAUCCCAUUACUGCCAAAAAAACAAACACCUGUAUGUGACAUGAUGUUCCCUUUUGCAAGAGUGAAAGGUUGGCCUGCAGUACGGAAUGCAGAUUUAGUAGCUGGGCAUAGUGGAAUGAGUCCUGAGGAGUAGAUCACUUUGUUCGUGUUUAUAAAUGUUCAGUCAGAUUUCUCUAACAUGUUGCAAACUAAUUUCUUGCGCUUUUUAAAAGACUGUAACCCCUUUGAAGAGGGUGCCAGGAAUGUGACUUCUAUUUCCUUUUGGACAUUGUCUGCUUGUUUCCACUGGGUUUGAGGAGAAAACUCUGCAUCUAGCAGUGGGGCCCUCUGAGGAGUCUUCCUGACAUGAUAUUGCCAAAAAAGCUCAUAGAACAUUGAGUAAAUGAUGAGGAGAAAUUUGGCAGCACAGUGUUAUUUUGUAGGAACUCCAACAAUCCAGAGUUAAUCUUCCUAGACUGUGAAGUGUUUCAGCUGGAACUCUUGGAAGUUUUCCAGCUGUUUAGAUCUUGAAGCAAACAGAAUAUACCAAGAGAUAUGCUUCUUGUGGCAAAAAGGGAAAUCUGAAUAGAUGGUUCAAAGUUGUGAGAUAAUUUAAGCCUUUAUCUUGUUUAUUUUAUUUUUGGGAGGUUACAUUUGAACAUUUUCUGCAUGUCGUUAGUAACUAAUGUUACUGUACUGUACGGACUUGCAUGAUUCAUGGCAUUCCAAAGACCUCUUCUCCUCAGAGUGUGCAUAUGGAACCCACUUGACUAGUCUGCUGUAGCAUCCAAAAACAUGCCAGUGAGCGGCAGAAACAACCGUACCAUGAUUUAUCCUCCACACCCUUUCCUUGACACUCCUGGGAACAUAUGCCUAAUAAUAGAAUUGCUUUUCUUCUCACAAGUCCUUGUUUAUACAUGCCUGUUUGAAAACAACAACAAAAGGAAGAAAAAGUGCCAGAUGUGUUAUGAAAAGCAUUGUUUUCAUCUUCUUGAUGUGUCUGAUCCAUGCUAAUCAACCUAUGCCAGGACCAUUAAUAAUGUUGUUUAAAGUGGGCUUCCUUUGAGGCUCCAUUGAUGUGAAUAUUUAACAUACUAGCUGCUUUUUAAGCUGUCACUUUUAAAUUCUUGUGCAAGGGCAGGUGAGGAAACAGUAGCAGUCUUCAAAUGAUGGCCCAACUUCUCUUGGUCUCCUCUUCUCCCACCACAUCUGUAAUAUUUGUAUAUUUGGAAGAGAAAUUCCUGGUGUACCAUUGAAGUGAAAAUGGCAGGAGUGUGGGACAUUUGUUCAUCCCAGAGUGCUGAACCUAAAGGACAAUUCAAAGGUUUCUAAAUGCUAUUCUCAAAGACUUCCUAAACAAAAUUAAAAAGUGAAUAAGAAGAUUUAAAUCAUUGCCUGCUUUUAAACUAUAUACCAUACCAAGAUUAUCACAUCAGAAAUGUCAAAAGGGGGGCAGGUUGGAGGGAGAAAAUGCGAAGUGGAGAUGUUUUAACAUGGAAGAGCCUGUGGUCUUUAGAUUAAAGUAUAGCUAGAUACAAAGGGAAAAGGUUUGCAAAGGCAAAUGUUAGAAUGUAAUGGUUCAAAAUUCUGCAAGGCAAAUCUAUUAAAAAAUGCCAAGGAACAUAGAAUUUUGUGUGAGGGUGUGUAUGAAUUUAGAAUCAUAGAGUAUCAAGGUUGGGGGAGGGAUAGCUCAGUGGUUUGAGCAUUGGCUCCCUAAACCAAGGGUUGUGAGUUCAAUCCUUGAGGGGGCUAUUUAGGAAUAUGAGGCAGCAGGUCCAAUCUCCAGACAGAUUUUUGCCAUUGAUCCUAAAACAACCCUUUCAGGGAUUGAAUUUAUACCCCUGGGUUUAACAGGCCAAUGCUUAAACCACUGAGCUAUCUCCCUUCCUUCAGUAGCCCUCUAACUUAGAUGGCAAGAUUCUAGAUUAAUUAUGGGACUAAUUCUUCAUAACAUGUUGCAGUGAGCAAUACUUUUGAAUCGGAAUAGGUUCAAAUACCAUAUUUUACUUAGGUUCUGUGAAAAUAAUUAAGACUGGUUUCCUAAGUGUUUCCACAGGAGUAUUUUCAAUGUUCAUUUUAACUGUCAAUUAAAAAUAAAUCCUCCAUCCUCAGACAGGUUCACACAAAAAAAUGUGGUGGCACUAAUCCUCUUUUAUCUACCAUUGUAAUACUGUACUUUUGAUGUGUUUCCUACAAAACUGCCUCACACAUUUAUUUCCCUUAGGAAAGAUGAAAUUACCUUUUCAAAAAAAUUCAAUGGAAUGGGGAGGGGGAACUUUCCAAAUCAUAACCAGUUUGGUAUUAGCAUCACUCUGCUGCUGCUGCGAAAUAAAACGCUUCAUUUAAAUAGCAUAAAGAAAAUAAAAUCUGAAUUGCUGCCACUGCCUGAAAAACAAACCAAACAGAACCAAACAAAAAACAAAACUAGAAACCCCACUUUUCUUCCUUGCUUCUCUACUAACAGCAGUGUUAGUCUGGCUUCUGUAUUUUAAAUUUAGCAUAUUAGCUAUUAGACCCAUAGUUUUUAAAAUAUUUAAAGUAUCUAUCUUUUGAAUUUUAAUGUUUUUAUUAAAAUUAUCUGAAAUGACUCCAUGUUUUACUCUACAAUAUUUUUGAGGGGCAUAUAUCUAACUAUAUAGAUCUAUUGGCCAUUCCAUAUAUAGUCACUGUAUUAGAUUUGUGAUGGUAAUACCCAUGGGAUAAAUUGCAAAGCCAUAUGAUUAACUGCAUUUAGCCUUCCUGCACUCUGCCCACUAAUCCAUCUCCCACAGGACAAUUUCAAACAUUCCAAAUCUCUGAGCAGCUUCAAAGUGAUGUCAUUUAAAAAAAAAUCAACCUACCAGAGAAAUGUUUCCUUCGUUUCUUUCAAAUAUGAAAUGUAUUUCCCCAAAUUACCCUGUGGCCCAAGCUGGGGCAAUAAUUAGUCCUAUAGCACAAAAAGGUUUUAUGUCUGUAUCUCAUGUUCCUUCAGGGUAAGAAAUGGCAUCUUCAUAUCACUGGAAAAGGGAGAUCCCAAGUUUCCCAGUGGGACUAGUCUUGGAAGAUCCUGAGACAGAUCAGCCUUUAAAGCUGUGACAUUUUUGUGUGUUGAAAAGUAUUUUGGUUAAUUUAGAGGUAUUUAAAAUGUAUUAAUUGUGUCUAUUUGUUCUGCCUCUGAGAGCUGCACAGUUGCACGUAUGGCAUUAAUGGAGCCUGGCCUUGAAGGUGGACAGACACAAAAGUAGCACCCCAGUCAGAUUUUCUUUUUAAUUUUUUAACCAUUUCUUUAAAAGUUUUUGCUCUAAAAUUGGUAGGACACACAUUUUGGUGUGAAGUGGAUUUCUGACAUCUAAAUGCACAUGAAAAUGGUUGUUUUUUUCAGACCAUAAAAGUUUGAAUUUUUAAAAUCCUGUGAACACUUGCAUACAAUUCUCAUGUAAGCCAGUGGGAAUUUGUAUGAGGGGAAAAUUUGGCCCUAGACUCUUGUUCUUGUCUUGAGAGAGGAAUUCAAGUCCCUGACCCCUCUAAUUCCCUCCAGUUCUCUCCGAGAUUUUUGGCUCUGAUAUAGUUCUCUGUUCUGGAUAAAAUAUUAUAUUACUUCUAAUGGCAGGAUUGGCCAUCUCUAAAAUACCGGUGCUCGCUCAAUACAUUCAUUUUAAAACUUUCUUUCAUGUUGCACUUACGUUUAAAUGAAACCUAGACUGAAGUUUAAAAUAAAAAUUUCUCCAGAACCGGCCAAAAUAUAUCAUCUUAAAUCUGCAAUUUUUUUUCUGUGUAACACCAGUACAAAAAGAAAAAAGGAAGAUUGCAAUGGCUGGUGCUGUAAAGUAUAUGUUUUCAUUCAACAGUUCAAAUUAGAGCUGUGUGUGUGUGUAGACAUUUGGGGCUUGAUUCAAUAUGAGAUACAUGGGAAUAUAUUGCUCAGUUGCUUGGAAAAUCCACUACGAUGCUUGCAGAUUGUAUCUUGUACUUCAAUUUGAAUCUGAAGUCCUUUACUUUCAUCUAAACUUACUUUUAGUAGAAGCUUUUUUUCAGAUAUCUGCAAUUGCCUGCUGCUGCAGAGUGUGGUUCAGAUAAAAAUAAGGGAGUUUUGGUUGGGGUUUGACUUUUCAUAACAGAGCAGGAGAUAGAGGGGCAUUGAAUUGGCUUUGAUUUUCUGUGAUAUGAAAUAAUACUAAUUAAAAUCCUGGAAAGGUAUGGGAAAUUCUGUAAAGUACAGGGAAGUAGUUGUUAACAGUAUCAGAAUAACACAGAAACCUGAGGGAAGUUUCAAAUCAAUAUAAAAUAAAGAGCUACAAGGUGAUUAAUUAAAGAAAAAAGUGCUCAGCAUAUUGGAUAUGGCCAUACAAAACAGAAAAGAGAGUGAGAUUUAAGAUGUAAGAAAUGUUAAUGAAAAGAAAUAAUUUAAUUUUUUUUAUAAUUAUAGAAUAAUUAAGGCCCCACUUCAGUAAAGCAUAUAUAUGUUUGUUUAUCUUUAAGCACAUGAGUAGUCCCAUUGAAAUAAAUGGAAUUUAAAUACAUGCUUAAAGUUUACUGUUUUGCUGGAUCAGGGCCUAAGACCCAAAUCCUGCAAACACUUUGAGCACAUGUAUAACUUUAUUACCAUUUAAGUAAUGCUAUUUAAGUGAAUCGUACUACUCGUGAGAAAAGUUGAUCACAUGCUAAAUUGUUUACAGCCCAAAGUGUCCUAUUUCUUUCUCCAAGAGCCCAGAAACAGCAGAAGGAAAACUGUGGUGCUAAUGAAAAUCAGAAAUGAAUUUACUAAAAGUUAAUUUCAAAUCUGGAUCUUGAUUAUCAGGGAAUUUUUAUGCAUUCAUUGAGUGGAAUAUUUGAAUUCAUUUUUUCCUUUGCUAAAUAAAAUUAAUUAUAAACAGGAUAUUUUGCUUCUCUUGAUUUAAAAGACAUAAUCUCCCAAACUAAGUAAUGAUCUGGGAUCCAUCAUGUUUUGUUUGUUUGUUUUCAUUUUUUUAAAGGGAACUAGCAUUCAAGUCACACAAGAAUAUCAGCUUGAUUGGUAGAUGGACUGCUUUGUUUAGCACCUAGAAAUUCUUACUGAUCACAUUGCCUCCAGCAAUACACCAGUAUUUUAAUUUCUCUCGCAUGGCCUUUGCUCUUCUUAGUUAUAGAUAAAAUUCCCUUUUUUUCCUCUUUGUUUUUGCAGAAAUGCUCUUGGCAGGUAAAAUCUGACACUCUGUAUGAUAGUCUCCUAGGGGAAGUGGUGAAAGUCCCAUAUCUUCAGACUUCUGAAAUUACAAUGGACAGAAUACUAGAAAAUGUACUGUAUGGAAUAAUCCAUCACUGGUAGAGAAAUAGAUUGAAUGAUCAGAUAAGUUUUUGCCACUU